AAAUGGUUUGAUAAAGACUGUAGAAUCAAACGACAUGAUUUAAGGAAAUUAUCUAAUUUAAAACAUAGAGAUCCUACAAAUGUUAAACUUAGAAAAAACUACCACGAUGCCUUGAAAUCAUAUAAGGUAACCCUACAGCUGAAACAAAGUGAAUGUCACAACAAAAAGAUGAAUGAACUAGAAACAGCUAGUCAAAAUGAUUUUAACCUUUUCUGGAAAACACUAAAGAACUCACCAAAAAAUCGUGAAUGGUACUCACAUUUUGAACAACUACAUUGUGAUCACCAUCUUAGUGAAGAACAAGAAAAAAUUAUCGGAAAAUUGAAACAAAAGGAAAAUUCGAAAAAUCUCAAUGAGCUUGAUACGGAAAUAACAAUUGAAGAAAUAAUAAAAACACUAAGAAAAUAA